CACGAAAGAGUCAACAUUAAGUAAACAUGUGUACACGGUUUUAUUUGAACUUGACAGGAUUUAUGAUGCUUCUUUUCGUAGUUUCGGCUGAGUAUACGCUUUGUCCAGACGGGUGGAUGGCUGAACAUGGCUCCUGCUAUUACUUCAACGAAGUUCCACACAACUUUACAGAAGCGCAGCGCGCCUGUAGAGACAUGGGAGCACAUUUGGUUCAUAUUGAAAGUAUUGAUGAAAAUAAUUUCAUAAAAGACAGGGUUAGACAUGAAUAUCCACAGACGAAUUGGUGGAUAGGAUUGGUCGAUUAUGUCCAAGAGGGUUACUGGAUGUGGGCUGAUGACCUGGCUCAUCUUCAAGAAUUUGAAGACUGGGCACCGGGUGAACCAAACGCUUCUUCCGAUGUUGAGAACUGUGGUGAAUUACAUCGGAACCUGAACUUCCAAUGGAAUGACUACGAAUGUCACUGGCCUAUUAACUCCAUCUGCGAAAUGAACCGCCAAAGCAGCGAAGUGAUUGUGGGAUAAGUCUUGCUGGAGCAGGAACUAGCAGAAAACGGAAAUAGUUAUCAAGUGUUCAUUUGUCAGUAUUGACGUGUGUU